UUUUAAAUGGUACAUAGCCUAACUUACACUUCCUUCCUCCACACUCUUCGCUUCGCUCCUCCCCGAAAAGAUGAAUUCUGAUUCCUCUCGUUCGGCUAAUUCCUCCGCCCAGAGAUCCAAGCGAAUUCUCGACAAUUCAUCUCCCUCGAACCCUUCCGGUACCGGUGGCAACAAGAAGAAACGGAUCAACCAGAAAACCCUAGGCGUCGCAUGGGGAGCCAAUUCCAUUUCUUCCUCUCGCAAAUCUCCCUUUUCAGAUUUUGGAAGUUAUAUGGUAGAGAAGAACAGAAAACUGCACAAUCAGUUUAACUUUGAUGCUUCAAGUGCUUCACAUAGUGGUGUGAACUCAGGAAAUCAAAUAUUUCAGGGUGUGUCUAUCUUUGUUGACGGUUUCACGAUUCCUUCCAGUCAGGAAUUGCGGGGUUAUAUGUUGAAGUACGGUGGAAGAUUUGAGAAUUAUUUUUCAAGACGUAGUGUUUCUCAUAUUAUUUGCAGUAAUUUACCGGACAGUAAAAUAAAGAAUCUCAGGUCCUUCAGCCGUGGACUCCCAGUUGUAAAACCCACAUGGAUCUUGGACUCUGUUGCUUCUAAUAAGCUAUUAAGCUGGGUUCCUUACCAACUUGAUCAGCUUGUAAGUAAUCAACCAAGAUUAUCAGAAUUCUUUUCUAUGAAAAAAGGUCCGACAGUGGAGAAACCCAAAAUUUGCAUGACUUCUGAAAAGAAAUAUGAAACAGAAGAUUCACUGUCCUCGGUGGCUAUGAAUUUGAAGGAUACCACUGUGUUGGAAGUGAAUGAAUCGAUAGGAUAUAGAGCAGAGAUGCAUUCUGACUCAGUAAUGAAUCUUCAAGUCAAUGCAGAUGCUGAAAUGAAUGAGAAGUCAAGUGAUGAUUUAGAGGCUGCCAAACUGAAGGAUACAAGUAUAUCUGAUGUAGAUGUAUCUAUUGAAUAUAAACCACACUUUUGUGAAAGUUUUGAGAUGCUUCCUCAAAAGGAUGCUGAUGUAGAAGUACACAAAGGACCAAGCAAUGAAAAAUAUAAUUACGUAGAUGAAGAACCAGGAAUUGUUGAUGUGGGUCAGAGCAGUGAAGAAAAUAUAUCUAGUUUUCAUGGUUUGUCUGCAUCAACACACAAUGGUAGCUCCAAUAGUUAUCAUAGUGAUGGAUCAUCAAGUUCCAUGGCGGCUGGGUCUUCUAAGCUGCAGCAUUCAACACUAGAGAAUCCAGAUUUUGUGGAAAAUUAUUUCAAGAAGUCAAGGCUGCAUUUCAUUGGAACUUGGAGAAAUCGUUAUUAUAAGCGUUUUCCGCGGUUAGCUAAUGGGUCCAAUUCUGUGACUUCUCAUAUCAAUGGUUCUUCCCACCAUCAGUCUGCCACUAUUAUCCAUGUUGACAUGGACUGCUUUUUUGUCUCGGUGGUUAUUCGAAACAUUCCAAAAUUUAAGGAUAGGCCUGUAGCUGUAUGCCACUCAGAUAAUCCUAAAGGAACUGCAGAAAUUUCAUCUGCAAACUACCCUGCUCGAAGUUAUGGAGUCAGAGCAGGAAUGUUUGUUAGAGAUGCAAAGGCUCUUUGUCCCCAUCUUGUUAUUUUUCCAUAUGACUUCAAGUCCUAUGAGGGGGUAGCCGAUCAGUUCUAUGAAAUAUUGCACAAGCAUUGUGAGAAAGUGCAGGCUGUAAGUUGUGAUGAAGCAUUUUUGGAUAUAUCGGGCACAAACAAUGUAGAUCCUGAGGUAUUGGCUUCCAAAAUAAGAAAAGAAAUCUUUGAUACAACAGGAUGUACUGCAAGUGCUGGAAUAUCUACAAAUAUGCUAAUGGCUCGCCUUGCCACUAAAACUGCAAAACCGGAUGGUCAGUGUUACAUUCCUUUAGAGAAGGUUGAUGAUUAUUUAAAUCCGCUUCCUAUCAAGGACCUUCCUGGAAUAGGGCAUGCCUUAGAGGAGAAGCUGAAGAAAAGAAGUAUUUUGACUUGUAGUCAGCUGCGUAUGAUAUCCAAGGACUCUCUUCAAAAGGACUUUGGAUUAAAAACGGGGGAAAUGUUGUGGAAUUAUAGUCGAGGGGUGGACAAUCGUGCAGUUGGGUUGAUCCAGGAAAGCAAAUCCAUAGGAGCUGAAGUGAAUUGGGGUGUUAGGUUCAAGGACUUCAAAGAUUGUCAAUGCUUUCUCUUGAACCUUUGUAAGGAGGUUUCAUUACGGUUGAAUGGAUGUGGAGUGCAGGGACGCACCUUUACCCUCAAGAUAAAAAAACGAAAAAAAAAUGCUGAUGAACCCACAAAGUAUAUGGGCUGCGGAGAUUGUGAAAACUUGAGCCAUUCAUUAACGGUUCCUGUUGCCACUGAUGAUCUGGAAAUUCUUCAAAGAAUAGUAAAGCAACUUUUCGGGUUUUUUGUCAUAGAUGUCAAAGAAAUUCGAGGUAUUGGUUUACAAGUUUCGAAACUUCAAAAUGUGGAUAUCUCUAGGCAGGGGACGAAAAGAAAUUCUUUGGACUCAUGGCUCAGUUCAUCUGCAACUACAAACGUAGAAAAUGUUAUUGGUCCUUCGGUGAAGGAAGUGGCUAAUAUAGAUAAUGAGAAACAGAGCAACUCUGGAACUUUAGAUCAGUUAUCUACUGAUCCUAUAAGCCAUCCGAUUCAGAUGGAGAACAACCAGCACCAUAGUGAAGCUUUGAACCCAGUUUCACCUCCACCUCUUUGCAAUCUGGAUAUUGGAGUUAUAAGGAGCUUACCUCCUGAACUAUUUUCAGAGUUAAAUGAAAUUUACGGUGGGAAACUAAUUGAUCUCCUGGCUAAGAGCAGAGACAAAAAUGAAGUUUUCUCCUCUUCUAUAAGGGUUCUGUCUCAAGGAUCACAAGGUGAUGGACUUACUUUAUCGGAUAUCCAAGGAAACAAAGUACAGUCCGAAAAUAAGCAUAUUGUUGAUCGUUCACCACCUGCACAGAUUUCUGGGGAAGGAUUGUGCAAUUUGGUGGCUCCUCUUACCACCUCUGGAUCUCAUAGAAUUGAUUUACUACCUUCAUCUCUGAGUCAAGUAGAUCCAUCGGUAUUACAAGAGUUACCUGAACCACUGAGGGAUGACAUACUUAAGCAGCUCCCAGCUCACAGGGGAAAGGAGCUUUCUUUGGAACAUGCAGUCAAAAAUCAUCGGGAAUCAGGCAGUGCUGUUGAGAAUACAUCUGGCUCACUGGAUCCUUUGAUGGAAAACGAUCUUUGGUCUGGGAACCCACCUCUAUGGGUUGAUAAAUUUAAAGCCAGUAAUUGCUUGAUAUUAGAACUUUUUGCAGAGAUCUAUACCGAAUCAGGAUUACCGGGAAAUCUAUAUGGGAUUUUGCUAAGGACUUUAUCUCAGUCUUGGCAUCCUUCAGCUGCAGAUUCUGAUGGUUGGGAUGGUGCUAUCUAUGGCUUAUGUGAACUUCUUAAGCAGUACUUUAAGUUAAAGAUAGAGUUGGACAUUGAGGAGACCUAUGUUUGUUUUCGUCUUCUUAAGAGGUUAGCAAUGAAGUCCCAGCUGUUUCUGGAAGUCUUCAACAUUAUUGAUCCAUACCUUCAGGGGGCAGUCAAUGAAAUUUACGGUGGAAGUUUGAAGGUGUAGACCCAUCACGCGUAGUGUUUGCUUGACCAGAUGGCGUUGAGAUGGAAAUUAGGUUAAAUGCUCACAAAUUUGAAGUGCCAGCGCUCUAUCAAGCUCGGUAUAAAGAAGUUCCAGCAUAUGGAAUACAAAACUAAGUUGUGGAGAAAAAAUUCUCAGCCGUUUCAGAAAUUUCCUUUGGCAUGGCAACAAAGACGGGGUUUCCAUCUCACUUAAUGAAAAGAGGUUAAACUCCCUAUCGAAGUAGGUGGUCUUCACAUUUGUGAAUUAAAAGCACAAGAAUCAAGCCUUUCUAGCAAAAUGAAUUUGUUACUUCGAAGCAGAAAAAGGGCCACCUUGGAGAAGCAAAUAGUUAUUGCUGCCAAAUAUGGUACCCCCACUCUUAUCACAAGUCUGGUUAUAUAGCAAAUAUAAUUAAAUUUAUCCUAACCCGUCGAUUUAAGUUUUUGGAUUGAGUGGUGAUUUACAAGGUAUCAAAGAGGGAGCAAAAGCAAGAACUAUUGGUGUUUGAACUUCUGUAGUAUCAUUUCAGUUGGGGAGCGAUUUAAUAAAAACAAAUCAAAAUCGGAAACAGACCCAUGCAGUUCGAGAAGCUUGGAAUAAUUCUUCUGCUUGCUGAGAUUUAGGCUAUAGGAUGAACUUAAAGGAAGAAGAAAUCGUAGGAUUGGCACCGUUGUCCCGCCUCCCAUCAGCCAGAUGUUUAUUCACUCGGGAGAACUUUUGGGUUUGGAGAAAGGACUUAAACGGAGCUUUCACCAAUCAGUCUUCAACUCCAGACCAUGCUUUUGCUUCUGUGGCCCAAAAUACAUAUCACCCAUUUAUUUGGAGAUUUGGUGGCGAAAAUGUCGAGUAAAGGUCGAAGAUCAUAAAUCCCACCACUCAAGGGAGCAAAGGAGGAACAAAGUUGUCAAUUACGUCCCAAAUCCAAUUAGGGAAGCCAUAGUUGCCAACACCUCAAUUCAACUUCCUAAAUGCUACACAAAAGAACCAAAACCAGGUAGAAACCAUGCGACAAAAUGAGCAACUUGAUUUCGAGCACGAAAGAAAAAGAGACAUUUCCCAACUGCCUAGCUAGCAACAAUAGAACUCUUCAAUUAUAUUUUGCUUCAGGUUGGCAAAUAUUUUACUUCAAAUAUUCAAAUCAGACAAGAAGCACGCCUUUGGUAAGCCCUUUAAUUCUUGUACAUAUAUAUGUAUCAUACAAGCAUUUACAAACAAAAUUAGAAUGAAGAAAUAUUUAUCAAACAAGUUUAUGUUUUUUCCAACAAGAAA